AUCUGAGCGAAAAAAGAGAAGUCGCACACGCUUUAUCUCAUAAAGUUAUGAAUUUUUUUUACGUUGAUUGCUUGAAUUCUGUGUAAUCUCGCUUAAAUUAACGAUGCUUGGGAGUGAAAAAUUAAAGUUUCAAUUGAAAAAUUUGGAAUAUGAAAAAAUCAGCAGUAAAGAGCAACUUGUGGUAUUGAAGGAGAUCUUAUUCAGUAUUCUUUCAAAUAAAGCUGCCUCUCAGGAGGCCCUUUCAAAUAUAUCAACUCUUCUUUUUAAGGGCUGUUUAACACCAGAUACCUCCAAAUUUUUUGUCAAGUUUUGCUCGGAGAAUAUAGACAAGCUUUCAAAAUUCCAAAUAUGUAGCAUCGUUUUAGAACAUUUGAGAAAUCUGCCUACAAUAGAGAAUUUGAAUAAAUCUUACAAUGCUCUAAAUUUUUAUCUUGUUGAUGCGAACAAUGUCAUAGGCAAUGAGCUUACUCGUAAAUAUUUCAAAGAUAUUUUGGAAUACUUCCGCAACUUAUUGGACAUUUUUUUCAAUCAGAUAAAAAUAUGUCAAGGAAAUCAAGCACGUGGAGCUGUUUUGCAUGACGCUUACAUUGUCUCUCAGAAUACUUUAAGAUUUAUUCACAAAUUCGAAAAAUUAUGUCCCAACUAUGACUUCAGUUACGAAAAUGCUAAUUCAACCACGCACAAAUUGUUGCUGAUAGCCGAAAUUGCCUUGUUAAAUGAUCAUUUCUCGUUCGAGUGCAAAAGUAGUUUUGGAAUGCUCUUACCCGGUGUUCUUCAACACUCUUUUGGAAAUGAGAAGGAAUUCUUGAUAAAAAUAUCUGAGGAGUACUUGGGUGAAAAAGCAGUCGAACUCGAAAAAUAUUCUAUUUUGUCUAAAUUUAGCCUAUUAAGAGGGAUAGUUACAUGUAUAAAGAAAAAAUUCCUAUUAAUGAUUAUUCAUCAAGGGAAUAGUCUACUUACUCAAGUAGUAUCUGUCAUGUUUCAGCUACUUUCUAGAGUGGAAGAUACACCAUCAAGACUGAUGGCCUCUAGAGCUUUGCUUUCGUGGAUAACAAUAGCAAAGGAUCUACUGCAAGAAAAUUUGGAGUGUUUUACAAAGACAUAUUUCUCUUAUAACUCUUUCGUAGCAAUCAACUACAUUGCAUUUUGCCAACAACAUUGGGAUGAUCCAGUUGAUACGAUACGUCAUGACGUGAAAUCCUCUUUUGAAAAGCUGCUGUUCUGUAUGCUGAAUAAUUCUAACAGAGAAUGGAUAACUGAUAUGAUGAAAUCCCAAAUAGCGGAAGAGUUACAACGGCGUAACAUCCUCUCUUUAUCUUGUUUCCAAAAGGUUCUUGGUUCAUCAGAAAUUUUGUCCAUUAUUCCAGACAUACUAGCAAGACUCUUGGAAACAAUUGAAAAUAGAGCUUUAGCUUCUUAUGCUUCCGAACUGUAUGUAAAUUUGUCAGAGUACUCCUUUUCAUCUGAAGAUUUAAGGAAUAAAUGGCUAAUUUCAUUUACGACUCAUAUCAAAAAAUAUCAACAAAGCAAAUGCUUAACAGAACACAUGUUACCAAAACUCUUUGAAAAAAUACCGCUAUGUGUCAAUUAUUUAUGCUCAAAUCUGUCCCUGUAUCCCCAUGAGAAUAUCUAUACUUUGAUAAUGUGCACCAAACAAGCUAAACUUCAUGGUUACCUAGAUCAUAUAAAAAAUUCAGAAGAAGCUUGGCGCCAAGUACUUCCCUGGACAAUACUAAAGCAUUCUCUGCUUUCGACAGAAACUGAGACUAGGUUCGAGGCCUUCUCUCUCAUUUGUGAAGGUCACAAAACUUCCGAGCUCUUUGAUUCUCUAGAACUUGAACUUAUUCUUGACUUUCUUUCAAGUAAUAUUUGCAAUCAGAAUGCAUCCAAGAGACAAAAAAUAUUGUCUACAGUAAAAAAGUUAAUGAUUCGGAUAAGAGAUGGACUGAUGGCUAUGAAGAGAACUUUAAACUCAGCUUACGAAGGUUUUCACAGAACAUUAUUUGAUCAUUAUAGGACUUUUAUAGAAAAUUUUGUCGAUUACUGUUUUAUUCAACUGGGAUUUACAAGCUGUUUCGCCGCAAGAACUACUUCUUUAAGACUACUUGCUGAAGUGCUACAUUUCGUUAAAUUUGAUUUGUUAGAUUACACUUCUUCUUUCAACAAAGGCAGGAUAAAUUUACUUCUCUGGUGGCUUACAGACACUUUUGAGCAGAACAAAUAUAUUGCUUGUUCAAUUCUUUUUGCUUUGCCGCCCAUAAUAGAGAAAGAACAGCUAUGCGAAUUAUUGGAAGCUAGUAUCGGAUUAGUAUCAACUCCUCGUCCUCAGGAUGGUCCAACAGCAGCUGCUAUUGUUCAUUAUGUAAUCAAAAAUAAUAAUGACAUUAUCAAUGCUGAUGCACCAAUUGCUUUAAGAAAUUGCUCUACUUCUCCUCCCAAAACCAAUUCUCUAAUAGUUUUAGAUUUGUUUUCAACAAUUUUACAAAAUCAAGUACAGGAGGCUGAGAAAAAUUUAGCGAAAAGUGCAUCUUCUAAGCCGAUAUAUCCCGUUUUGUACGUGAUACGACGACUUUUAGAAGAUUGGGUUUAUAAAGAUGAAGACUUUGAACAUCUUCAACAUGCUUGCUUGUUUAUCAUUCGACUUUGCGAGAUGAUAGCCGAUGUUGUUUCUCCAAUAGUUUCUCACGCUGCUCCAGAGGGCCACAUACCUGAUGGCAUAUAUGCUUCAGGACCAGGAUUAGAUUUAUCGUGCAGUGACAUUGAUCGAUUUGAUACAGAGGAGUUAUUACCUGAAUUUUUGACUGUAUGCUGUUGGAGAUGCAUCAAGGAAAUAUCCUUAUUACUUGGAUUUAUGUCUAAGUGUUCCUGGUGUCUUCUCAUUCUACCGACUGACAUUAUUAUUCAAAUUGGUGGAUUUUUUACAAAGCAGCUUCUUGAGUCAAGGCAUAGAGGUGCUUUCGAGCUGGCCUACGCUGGGUUUACCCUUAUGUCUGAAAAAUUAUGGAAAAGCUCUGAAAAAACUUUAAAUUCUUUGCCUGAAUCCUGGCUUCGUGAUGUUUUAAACGAAAUAGCAUUAGGUGCUCGAAGCGAAAAGCUUUGCUAUACGAGAAGGAGUGCCGGAGUGCCUUUUUUUGUUCAGGCUCUUUUGAAGACUGAGGGCUCAAAAGGAAGCAAGUUUCAUUUGAAAUGGUUCAUUGAAGAGCUUAUUUCGCUCAGCAGUAAAAUAUCAGUUAACCCUGAAACUCUGGCUCAUUGUUUAAAUAUAUUAAGAGCAUUAAUAAGAGAUUCGAAAUUGGGUGACGAUGUAUCACCUUACAUUGCUAGCUGUCUAAAAAUUUCUAUUAAAUGCUACUAUUCCGGAUUAUGGGAGAUUAGAAAUUCUGCUACUUUAUUAUUUAGCGCUCUCAUAACUAGAGUGUUUGGAGUUUCUAAAAGUAAAGACGAUAUUUCUCUGAAAAAUUGUAUGCCAGGAAAAGUAUUUUUUAACCGAUAUCCCUCACUUUAUUCAUUUUUAUUAAACGAGUUAAGAGAAAGUGAAAUAGAAAGCAUAGAUGGAAGCGUCAAACUGUAUCCAACGUUAACAAUAAUAAAUCGACUCUUCCCUUCAGCCGUAGAUCAAGUUGAAAGCUUAUAUACUUUGGCGAAUUUCAUACCACAUAUUAUUAGGUGUGCAAAAUCUCCUAUCCUAAAUGUGCGAAAUGCUGCUGCUAAUGCUUUAUUAUCCAUCAUUCGAGAUGACAGUGUUUUUUCUGUCAUAAAUCAGAUUUCAAUGAAUCUAGAACAGAGUUUGAAAAAGCACAAUUUUUGUCACGGCUUACUAUUACAGGCUAGAAAUUUAGUUAAAAAGUUGGACAUAAUAAACGACAACGUUUUAAAAGCUAUUGAAAAAUUAAUCAAUAGUUGCUUUUCAAUCUUCAGCUCUGGACACUGUUAUGUCAUUCACACUGUGACGCUGGCUCUAAUUGAGGAAAUUUUAAAUUUGAAAGUCUCAAAACCUCUACGAAAACGUUGUUUAAAUUUAAUAAUGGGUGCUUUUCAAACGCACUUUAAGGAGGAUUCCAAAGCUAUGAAAGAACAGCCGUAUUAUACACUAUUCCUUUCAGACCUUGUUAGACUAUAUUUUUCAUUUGUUAAUUUGGAACUAUCUGACAUAGUUAAAGUUUUCGAUUAUGGCAAUUAUGAAAUCAAGUUAGUUUUAAUGACAAGUUUAAAUGAGAGAUUAGGAGAUAUCGACAACUUAGUCGAUUUCUUUCUUACCGCGGCUCUGAAUGAGACGAAUAUGGAGUGCUUAGCCGAGGAAAUGAAAAUCUUACAUAAAAUAUUGGAAAGACGCGAAAACUACGAAGAGGAAAUGAAGUGCAUAAUAAGAAAAAAAGAACUGAUUGCGACUGCAUGCAAAAAAUUUUUAAGAAAUGGUCCUAAUAGCGUGCGAUGCUCAGUUCAUGUAUUCUACAGUUAUUUUAUCCGAUGCUUUAUAGAGGAUUCAACUAUUACAUCUGAAUGGACAAAAAUAAUUCGGAAAGAUUGUGGAAGUGAAAACAGUACAGAGUUACGUGUAGCGUGUGCUCGCUCCCUGCUUGUUAUAUGCAAGGAAGAUCUCAUUUGUUUAUCUGAAAGAGACAGCUGUUUACUUCUUGAGAGUUUGUUGAUUUUAUUGACGGAUGAAGAAUUUUCGACUCGAUCAAUAGCAAGUGAGGUUAUCAUAAAAUGGUCUUGCCUACCUUCAUCUAUAUUAGGAAAAAAACAACCUGAAAGAUACAUAUCGGAUUGUUUAAGUUUCAUAUCUCUUAACUGUGGAUCACACGGCAAGGAUUUCCUACACCGAUUAUGUAUAUCUGACUUAGAGCUUGACUGGCUUCAAGGGGAUUCCACUAAGGCUCUGCGUCUAUUCGACAGAGCUGAAGCGAACAACUACAGGGAUGAUUUAUUAAUUUCAAAAACUGUUAGGACCUAUAUUACAUCUGAAGUGAUAAAGGACGAUUCCAUGUAUCUUGAAGAAGUAAGCUACAAAGACAUGUUCAAUGAUCAGCGCUCGUUUGUGUCUAAUGUUAUAUAUAAAAUCCGAGAUGGUCUUUCUAAAUACAACUUAUAGUUUAAAAUUUGAUUUGCCGCCAAAAUGUUUUGAUUCGCUAUCGAUCAACCAAUGAACUCAAGGCUGUAGUUGGGCGAUAAAAUAGUACCUUUCCGACCGUCGCCUGUUCGACGAGUCUCGGCAAGGAUGAGCGUUCUACAGAAGAAAAAUUUUCUAAUUGGAUACUGGAUGUCGGAAGCGAAGAUAAAGAAAUUGAGGUUCAGAGAAGAGCUUGACGAAAUGCUCAGGUAAGCUCUGAAUGUUAAACAUCAGAACUUGGUGUAUACAUUUAGUUUAAGAACCUUAUUCCCGCGCAAUUCUAGAAUAGCUAACACUUAAAAGUUUUGACAAGGAAAUUUGCUGAUUUUAUAAUUUUUUUCGUUAUUCAUUAUAUUAUUAAGGCGACAAUCUCAUCCAUUUGCUUUCGUAUGAAAGAGAGAUGAUAGUAUUUACGCCUACAUUUUAUUGGUUUAAUCGAUGAUAAGGGUAGGAUCAGGCACUUUUGUAAAUAUAAUAAAAUAAAGUUCUAUUACUAACAGUUUGCUCUAUCAAUUUCAGUUCACUCAACAAAAAAUACAGCAUAAAGAUCCAAGCAGUACUGGUUAGUUAUAAUAAUAAAGAACCUUACAAUCCACAGUCUAAACACUUCCGAAUGCACUUCUAUUAAAUAAAGCCUUUCACCCUACUCGUUUUAUAAUAUCGACAUAAAAUUGAACGAUCUAUUUUUUAGUUUUAGGCCAUAUUAUGAACAUGCAGCCUAUUUUAAUUCCGAUAGAUGUUGCAGCCUUCAUAUAUUCGUAUAUUUUUACAAUUAAAUGCCUAUUUGUCACUAAAUGAACCAUAAUGGCAUUUAAUUUUAUCUAAAGUUCCUCUUCACAUAGUAUUACUGUGAUCUAGGAAUAUUUUUAUAAGUUAUUUUAUCUUAAAUUUUCGGUUGCUAACACUAAGGCAGCAAUAGUGAAGAUAUACGUAAUGUAACUCUUCAAAUUGUCUUUUCACUAAAAGAAAUCCAAUAAGUAAAAAUUACGUGGUAUAGAAUCAAUUUUAUAACAGAUCGAUCUGGAAAAAUCAUUGGAGGAACAAGGCCCAUUCGACAUCAUCAUACAUAAACUAACAAGUCAUAUUUCACAAGCUAAGUGUGGUAUUUCGACAAGCAAACUCAUCAUUGAACGCUUUAAGGUUUGAAAUCAAAAUCCUAUUGUUUCUGUUAAGGCAUUUUCUAAGGAACUAACGGGAUGAAUCAUAACUAAUAUAGAUUUAUACAGAGAAUUUGAAACAUUUGUGAUCUCUUUAAUUUAACUCUUUCCAUCAGCAAUAUUGCGAGUUGCACGAAACAACAAUCGUAAUUGAUCCAAUCAAUUAUAUAAAUCGGACACUCAAUAGACGGGAUCAGUACGACUUAAUACGAAAAAGCAUAGAAGGCACAACAGAUUUCUUUAUUCCAUCUUUCGUCGACCUGAAAAGUCGGAAUGUUGACGAUAAUAAGAGUCAAAUUAUGUCCCAUAAUGUUACUUAUCCCAUAGUUUGUAAACCCUUAUUUGCUCAUGGCUCAACAAGCCAUGCCAUGAAGAUUAUAUUCAACGAAGAUGCACUAUUAGAUAUUGAACCUCCGUGUGUUGCAAUGUCUUUUGUUAAUCACAGAGCUGUACUCUACAAACUGUUUGUGGUGGGUGAAAAAUAUCGUUUAGUUGUCAGGCCAUCGGUAAGAGACUUGGAGCCAGGUCAAAUAGAAACUAUUAAAUUUGAUAGUCAUGAUGUCUCUAAGCCAAAUUCAUCGUCUCAUUUAACAAAAUCAUCAAAUAACAAAGACGAAAAUUAUUAUAAACCUGAAAUAGAUGAAACUAAAUUAAGAAACCUAGUUGAAAUUAUUCGCAAUCAGUUUCGCAUGUGCCUCUGUGGAAUCGAUAUCUUAUUGGAGGAGAAGACUGGUAGAUAUGCUGUCAUAGAUAUAAACGCUUUUCCAGGCAAGAAUACUUUUUGAAAAAUAUAAAUACUUUAGCAGACACUUACAAAUUUUCUGCAACAGGUUAUGAAGGGGUUGAUGAUUUAUACCCUCUUAUGGGGGAGCUGAUAGGAAACACCCUGAUCAAUGGACCUCUAUACGAAAGGUAUCACUUCAAUGAUAUUAACAUUGGAAAUAAGGAAGAAAAUCAAAUCUCGAACCAGAACAAUAUUUGCCACAGUAAUAGUAAACCUAACAAUCACAAUAGGUAAAAUAUAUGAAAGAAUCUGCUCUCUGUCAAUUAUAAAAAAGUUUUAUUUAUCUUUAAUUAAGUAGGAAAUCGCUACUUGAAAUGCAACCAGAUGUGUCAUUGUUUCUUUGAUUUAUAUUUCUUAUUAUAAACUUUUUCUAAUAUCUGUUUAUUUCUUUUCUUUUCCUGCAGUACUUAUUUGUUAUUCUAAAUUCCAAUCGCAGUUAAAAUGAAUUAUUAGCAAAGACACUUUAUUGAAAGUAAAUAUUUUGAUAUAUUGUAAUAUAGUCUCUAAUCAACUGGAAAAUCUUUUACUACUAGUCAUGGUUAAUAAUUUUAGACUUAGCAAAUCGUUUCAUACAUUUCUGAAUAAAAU